AUGGACAAGUAUCUGGCCCAGAUCAUUGUGAUGGGUGUACAGGUGGUGGGCAGGGCCUCUUCCCGGGCCCUGAGGCAGGAGUUUGCAGCAAGCCAGGCAGCCGCUAAUGCUCGAGGUCGUUCUGGGCACCAGUCUGCAGCUGCAUCCAAUCUCUCUGGCCUCAGGCUCCAGGAAGCCCAGCAAAUUCUCAACAUCUCCAAGCUGAGCCCUGAGGAGGUCCAGAAGAAUUAUGAACACCUAUUUAAGGUGAAUAAUAAGUCCGUGUGUGGUUCCUUCUACCUGCAGUCAAAGGUUGUCCAUGCAAAAGAACGUCUAGAUGAGGAGCUCCGAAUACAAGCCCAGGAAGACAGAGAGAAAGGGCAGCUGCCCAAAAAUGUGACUGCUGGGCUCUCCCCACCCCACCCACUGCCUCAUAAUUUAUAG